UGAUGCUGGUGGUCUAUUCCUUUGACUGCGUGAUGACCUGUCUUUUCCUUCCUCCACGACCCGAUAUCGUUCGAGCAUCUACGGCUACCAGUGAUGAGUGAAAAGUACCCUUGGUGAAUUUUCUGCAGUCCUCACUCAAGCAGAUCACGUGAAUAUCAACUGCAGCCUGAGUGUGAUCCUUGCGUGCUGGAGUGGCCGUACUUCGUGUCAGGAAUCUGUCCCAAUAUUUACUCUGUGUAUUAUUAUAUCGAUUGCCAUGCCUCUCAUUCUUUUCGUACGACUCCAUGCGCAACACACUCCCUUUGCUUAAAACACAGGAAGAUCGAGCCAUUGCAGCAGUGUUGCAGUCGUGGAAUAACAUUUUUGGUACCACCUUGAACUUACAUUUCACGGAGAUGCUAGAUGAGGGGAAAGUGCUAUUGUAGACGGGUGUGUGUGGUGUAAACCAUAACUAUGUGGGACACGGGGACCGCGCUCCCCCCCGGCUAGAAUGCCCCUUCUCUGGUGCCCCUCCCCUUUGAUAAUCCGUAAUGUGUGCAGCCUUCCAUGUAUAAGAAUCGCAGUUCAUUUGCUUUCGGUUCCCCUCCAUGUGAGCAGCCCCGGGUGCCUCCAACAUUUCACCCCCGGUAAGUUGCAACGCACUUGCGCAAUGCGCGCUGAGUAUCACACAGCAUGCAGUGAGGCUCUGCCGUUUCUUUAACGGCUGCAUUGUCUGGUGAGCGGCUGUAUUCUGGCAUGUGCAGAUGACUUACUUUGACAUCAUUUGAGUUUGUCUUAUUGAAGCACGUGACUGUCAUCCAACCGCACAUGUUCCAAUGGUCUAGUAUGAACAUUCUCUCCGCCCACAUGUACGCUGCAGGCCACGGCGACUCGGACUGAAGAGGCUCAGAAAGGGGGAAAGGAAAACAACGAGGUCUCGACCGGUAAAUCAGAUGUGCAUAAUCAAUCAUUCUGUGUGGUGUGGCCAUGGCUUUUGGUGCGUUGCACGGCGUUGUGGAAUGAUUUGUGGGUUUUAUCUCCCGAUCAUAGGUAUAAACAGACGACUUGACGGUACACGUGGUGCUGUGUACGAAUGCACUGCAUAAUGUUAUGGAUGUAUUGUAAUACACAGUGUACGUGAAAACCCUGCAUGUACACUACAUGUACGUGCCAUUGGCUGGGAGCAGCGUCAGUGAUGCGAGUGUUUAUCUGGUAAAGUUAUCAGCUACGAAUUACUGACAUGAAAGGCAUCGGUGUCACGGCGCGCUGUCUAUCCCUGCGACGGACCCAAAUAUUCUGCAGCUUGUGAUGUAUCUAGGACAGAGGGGACGUCGGUAGGAGGUAGGGACCAUGCAGCUUCGCCCGCGGGCUGCCGACAACAUGGAGACCGGGCUAGAAGAUGGUGGUAACAACACCAACGGGGUUAGUGUUUCGAGCGACACAGCUUGGGUAUCGCCCGAUGAUGUGGCCGGGGUGUUUAAUAUACUCAUGGAGUUGGACGUAUUCCUGGAGGAUCAGGGAGGAACCAGCACCUCAGCGGAGGACAGAGAUGCGGUCAUGGGGACAAGCGAGGAGGGUGAACUUAAUGAAGUACUAGAUCGUGAAUCUGAGAGGGAUGGUGUAGGAGGGCAAACGCUUACCGGGAACACAAGUUAUGUAGUUGGUGCGUGUUUAGAAUGUGUUGAUGCGGAGGUUGGAGCGGCUGUGAUGAACGCCGUGAGGAAUGGCCACGCGCCUUGUUUACAGUGCAUCAUUAACAACUUCGCGGUUAGUCAGAUCAGGGAGCGCCUCGACCUCUUCCACGAGGUGUCCUCUCAUCUGUCCAGGACUUCCCCCUCCUGGACGCGGUGGAGCGAGGCCACGAGGGCGUGGUGCACCUCUUCCUGAGGUUCCUGAGGGACUGUGAGUGCCUACACGAGGCGCUCAAGUUGGCCGACGGCAAGGGGAGGAUGCCCGUGCACUUGGCGGCCCACCACGACCACCUGGGUUGCCUGGAGCUUCUCCUGGACUGCACCCCGACGGAGAGGUGCUACUGGAGGGACAAAAAGACCCAGGGGACGCCUAUGCAUCACGCCGCAGCUGGGGGUGCUGUGAGAUGUUUGAGACGUCUUUUGAAGGUGGAGAACCCGGAUGUCACUACCAAAAGUGGGAGAACGGCAGUAUCACUGGCAGCGCAGGCUGGGAGUGUCAGCUGUCUAGAGGCGCUCAUAGACCAAGCGGAGGCCGACCCGCAGCGUGCCGAUGAAGAUGGAAUGACACCCGUUCAUUACGCUGCCCAAGCAGGGCAUUUAAACUGCACUCAUUGGUUGGUGCGGAGAGCUCGGUGUUCCCUGAACGAUUCCAGGAAGAAAGAUGGAGCAACUGCCAUGCAUCUUGCUGCAGGAAAAGGGCGAUGUCCCAUUCUACAGUGGGCGCUGAAUAGGGAGCUUUCCUUCGGCGAAGAGUUGGACGUGUUCGGCCGCACGCCGGUUCACUACGCGGCGGAGGAGGGUCAGAUCACGGUGCUUCGGACUUUCGCCAAGUUCCCACGAGUGCAUCUGGAUGUCAAGGAUUUUCUCGGACGAACCCCAAGCAAUUUAGCUGAAAGACGAGGGCACAGCGCCUGCGUGCGCUUCCUUGACGCCUGCCUCCAGCAGAGGCAUCCCGACGGUGAGGGCGCCCUUUUUGCCAAGUUGACCCGAUCCAUCUCCAGCCCGGGCGGCCUGAAUAACAAGCUGAACCGUCGAAACUCGAACAGACGCAGCGGCCGGAGGAAGCAUAUCUCGUCGGUGUAUCUGGAAGAAAAAACAUUGACGGACACGGAGUCCGGAUCUACGCGUGAACUCCCUCCGACGGAAGAGAUCGCCACUCACAUUGUGUCCGCGCUCAUAUCCCAAGUAGGCAUGAUGUCUAUUGCUCCGGUGGUGCCCGAUGUACCACUCCACCGACGGAUUAUCAACAACCUAGUAAAGAAAAUCAAACGCCAGACAAGCACAGAAGACUUCACAGUGACGCUGUAACUUUGCGAAAAGUAACUGUAACUUUGCGAGAAAAGCAAUAAUUAACCAUCAGCAAUAUGUACAUGUAUAGCCUACUUAAGAAAAAAUAUAUCCUACCAAGCUCAUGGAAAUAAAGUAGUUGGAAUAAUUCAACCCUAUACCACCGGUCAAUAAUUACUCGUCAGGCAAUAUAAUGGCAAGGAGUGUUACGGGUUGAAAUGGUAACCGAAUUGUGAAUGACGUCAGUUAGGUUGUGACCAGUGGCAGCCAGAAUCCUUGACCGAGCCUCAAAUUGGUAACCAUUUUAACGAGGGAAUGCGGUGUGACGUGCCUUAAUGUUCUGUCAUCCCUAGCUGGUGGAGUGUUUGUAAUACCGGUUACUGUAUGUGUACCGUACUCAAUAGCUUGUCUCUGAUCUUGUGGAUUGAUCAAUCAUAUACACGGUCACCACAUCAUCAAAGGAAAGUGCUGGAUCACCUCCCCCGUUUUUAGAUCACUCCUAAAAGCGCAUGCGCAUGACUUCCGUACUUAAUAGUUAUUUUUGCCUCCAUGGUGUGGAUGUACAAUGUACGUGCAGUACUACACAGCAAGUUAAGAACCUAUUUUUUAUGUAUAACCAAUCCGCAUAUUGUUACAUCCGUUUCAUGCAGACGACUAAGGGUUGGCCUACAUGUAUGCCCUUUGGGAUAACAGUGUCGAGAGUCCAUGCAUUACUUUUUUUCACUGCAACCCUCGAAAAUGAAUCUUAGGGUUUAAAAUUUACUUUUUUUUCAAAGAUGUUGUGGUGCCUUUGUGCUCUUCAUAAUACAGCAAAUUUCCUUAUUCAUGAGCAAAACUGUGAUGUCAUUCCAAGGAGAUAACCUCAUUCCUUGGUUGUGCUGUAAGGACAUAAAAAGUUAAGAACCGAUAUCAUUUUGUAAUCGAUCUCCGCACUGUUACAUCAGUUUCACUUAGAUGGCAAUUUUGGAUGAUACUUUGGAGGUCCCAUGCAACACUUUUAACUGUAAUCCUUGAAAAUGCAUCUUUGUAGUUCAAUUACUUUUUUCAAAUGUUGUGGUGCCGAUAUGUUUUUUUAUGCUGAGGCCAAUUUUCUUGUUCAUAAGCAAAACUGUGAUGUCAUUCCAGGGAGAUAACUUCCAGUAGUAUUGAUUUGUGCACAAUCGGGGUUGUGGAAUUUUCGACAUUUGACUGUCUUAUUACUUUCCUUUUCUUAAGUGAUCCGUCUUUGUGAUAGUACAUGGCGGUAGGUCAACGAUUAACCCCUUGUCAAAAAUGUUUCGACUGUGAGAAAGAUUUCAGUUCACGUAUACCUAUAGAAUGAACAGUGUCUUUCCUGAAUGACAUGGACACCGACACUGUGCAACUGCGCCCUCAUUUGUCCAGAGAAGCACGGGCGAUUUUAAAUGCACACUUUUCAACACCCUUACGUUCCCCAAAAGUGCAUCUCAGAAAAACUCAUGGCAUGGAUUCGUACCUUGUAAUGUUUUUUGAAAGAGUUGCGUUCUUCAAAAUACUGUCCAAAGUCAUCGUCUAUCAAUGUUAGCAUGCAUAUCCAGCAGUGCUUCUUUACCGGAAUUCCAGACAUUAGGAUAGCUACUUAGUUGCGUAGGUCUGUGUUACCAGUAAUCACGAAUGAGCUGGGUUUUUUGGACCAUCUCAAAGCUGCAUGGGGCAGAAUCAGCGCUUCCUCCCUCUUGAACUUGGUUGUCCCAUGUAGAUGAAACUUUGUAUGUGAGCAGGGACCCUCAUUUUCAGUACGACUGUGAAGUUUUCGCUUAGUCCAUGCAUGGAGCUAUUAAUAGCUCCGUGGUCCAUUCUAGGAAUGGUUUUGUUAUGGUCAUUUUAAGUUCUUGACCACACGUGUCAGCCUGCGUGGAUGAAGCAUAUCAGUGGAAAACUAUAAUGAACCGGUGUGUCCGAUUUCCCAGAAUUGGUGUCAUGACGAUCGCAAGGCACAACUGAAAAACUCCCUAAAUGUCGGGACAUGAAAAAAAAUUCCCGGCGACGAUAUAGAAGAAAAUAGGGGGGUAGAUUCCCCAGCUCUUUUGGCGUAAACAGACUGAGACAUACCGCGGAUGCUUAUCGUUUCUGUAUUAGCCGACUGAAAAAAAAAUAGAUGACUAAAAAGCGGUCUAUGACUUUCGCUGCGACAUUUUAAAAAUUACGUUGUCUUAUUUAUUUCGUCUAGUGCCUUUAAUGUCAUAGCUUUAUAAUGUUAGUCAAGCCUUCCUGAUAUGAAAAUAUGACACGAAAUGCCGGUAAUAAAAAAAAGUUUUUGA